AUGCAGUUGUUGACUUUGGCUUCAUUGAACAAUGGAAAGUUUCAAUCCAGAUAUGAGCCAAAGGCGGAACAGGAGAAUGAGUACAAAAUUCCACACAAAGAAUCAUUACCGAGAUUUUCCUUUGAAGUUGGAGGCUGGAAAAGCCUUCAACCAUUAAAGGCGACAUCGAUAUUUGAUUUUAGAGUCGAUUGUGCAUGCGGAUCUAAAAUUGUCACAUCGCUUUUAAGUAGAGGUGCUAGUGUUGAUGUUAAAGGAGAAAGUUACUACUUUGAAAGUAGUAUGACCCCUCUGCAUAUUUGUGCUUCGAAAGCGAAAAAAAAUUUCAAUAUACAUAUUGCCAAAGAUCUUCUAAACUAUGAUGGUGCUUCUAUCAAUUCAUUAACAUCGAAAGGAUAUACGCCACUUUAUUUUGCUUCUAAACGAGGUAUUGUAGAAGCUGUGAAAUUAUUCCUGGAUUGGGGUGCUGAUAUUAAUGCUAGCACAAAGGAUAAUUUAAGCCCACUUCAUGUUGCUAUUGAGAAUGGACAUAAAACAGUUAUAAAACUGCUCUUAGAAUGUGGAGCUAUAGUUUACAAUCAGGACACUGAUAGAUCCGUACUACACUUUGCUGUUGAAAUAGGUUCUUUGUUGAUUGUUGAAGAGGUUUUGAAGUAUUGUCCUGAUGUCAAUAAUGCAAACUUUUCUUUCAAUAAUAAAGAGCCUGAUAGUAACGUUAAGGGAGAAAUCGCCAAACUCCUUCUAAGUAAAGGCGCCCAUGUAGACGUUCAAACUGAAUAUGGUAAAACAACACUUCUUUCUUCCACUAAAAAAGGAUAUGCAAAAGUUGUUGAAGUUCUUUUGGAAUACAAUGCAAAUGUUAACUUGGCCCUGAAAAGUGGCUUCACUCCACUUCAUAUAUCUGCCCAGGACGGAAAUCUAGAAAUUAGCACAAUGAUUUUGAAUAAAGGAGCCAAUGUAAAUGCUGCAGGAAAAAAUGGAAUCACUGCACUGCACCUUGCAGCUAAAAACGGCCAUGCAGGAGUUGUAAAACUAUUGCUAGAAUGCAAUGCCAAAUUUGAUUCUGAAUUUCAAUUUCACAACGCACCACUUCUUUUGGGUAAUAAAGAAGGUCAUCAAGAAAUUAUUGAGACUACAUUGAAAUUUGGGACUGAUAUUGUCUCGUAG